AUGUCAAAUUUAGCCAAACAUUUAGCACCAACUGUUCAUCAAGAUAAUCAACAUGCAUCAGAUCAUCAAUUUCAUCGUAUGGAUCCAGAAUAUUAUUCAUCAGAUGAAGAUUCAGUUCAUCAAGAAUUAGAAAGUUAUGGUAUUACAGCACGUAGAGUUUAUCAUAAUGCUUCAGUACCAGUAUUAUAUGAACAAGCAUUAAAACAUGAAAGAGGUACAGCAUUAACUUGUACAGGUGCACUUGUUGCUUUUAGUGGACAAAAGACAGGUCGUUCACCUAAAGAUAAACGUAUUGUUUCAGAAGAAACAUCAAAAGAUGAUAUUUGGUUUGGUCCUGUUAAUAUUCCAUUAAGUGAAGAUUCAUUUAUGGUUAAUAGAGAACGUGCUGUUGAUUAUUUAAAUACACGUGAACAAUUAUACGUUUUUGAUGGUUAUGCUGGUUGGGAUCCAAAAUAUAGAAUUAAGAUUAGAGUUGUCUCUACACGUGCUUAUCAUGCUCUAUUCAUGAGAAAUAUAUUUGGAUUUUUUACCUAUAUGUGGAUCAUUUCUUAA